GUGACUUUCAGUGCGUCGACCAAUCCCGUGUCUCCAUUCUGUGGUGGGCGUGUCCUCGAGUCAGCGUCCAGAAGCUAAACCGAAUAAACAACCAAGCUAGCUUGUCAGCUAGUUAGCAACUUCUGAAAUGGCGUCGUCAACGGCGACAGAACCAGUGAUGUGCCCGGGUGCAAUGCCGGCAGCGGAGUCCAUAGUGCCCGCUUGUAUGUUUGCACCGGACCGGGGAUGUGCCGACGAUCCAUGCGGCGCAGAGGGCUUUGAAGACGGCGAGGCUACAAACGGCGAGUCCGAGGAUCAUUUAGACUUAAGCAGCAAGCUGGUCCUAGUGAGUCCGACAGGGGAGCAGUAUGAUUCAUUACUACGGCAUCUAAGGGAGCGAUUAGAUGAAGGCUGUGGAGAGACGAUCUAUGUUGUUGGGAUGGGGUCAGAUGGAGGUGACUAUGGUCUGGAUGAGAAGGACAUGGAGGCAUCGGUAGCCACGGUGCGCUUGCUGUGCGAACAGAUUGAGGCAGACCUCAUCUUUUUAAGGGAGAGGUCAGACACUGGUGGAAAGAUUCAGGACUACCUCAUCCGCCGGCGUGUGGGUGAGCAGGAUUUCCUGGAAGUCAGAGUGGCAGUGGUAGGGAAUGUUGAUGCCGGAAAGAGCACUCUGCUGGGGGUUUUGACCCACGGUGAGCUUGACAAUGGCAGAGGCUUCGCUCGCCAGAAGCUCUUCAGACACAAACAUGAAAUGGAGAGUGGCAGAACAAGCAGUGUGGGCAAUGACAUCCUGGGUUUUGACCAGGAGGGACAGGUGGUGAACAAGCCAGAUAGCCACGGCGGCGGUCUAGACUGGACUAAGAUCUGUGAGAAAUCCUCAAAAGUCAUCACCUUCAUCGAUCUGGCUGGCCACGAGAAGUACCUCAAAACCACUGUGUUCGGCAUGACGGGACACCUGCCUGAUUUCUGCAUGCUCAUGGUCGGCAGCAACGCUGGCAUCGUUGGCAUGACCAAAGAGCAUCUGGGUCUGGCAUUGGCCCUUAAUGUGCCGGUGUUUGUAGUGGUUACUAAAAUAGACAUGUGUCCAGCCAACAUCUUACAAGAGACGCUAAAAUUAUUACAGAGGCUAUUAAAGUCACCAGGCUGCAGGAAAAUCCCUGUGUUGGUCCAGAACAAGGAUGAUGUCAUCGUCACAGCCUCCAACUUCAGCUCUGAGAGGAUGUGUCCAAUCUUUCAGAUCUCAAAUGUGACGGGGGAGAACAUGGACCUGCUGAAGAUGUUCCUCAACCUCCUCUCUUCUAGGACCAACUUCAGCAACGAUGAGCCCGCAGAGUUCCAAAUAGACGACACAUACUCAGUACCGGGUGUGGGCACAGUAGUUUCAGGGACUACGUUACGUGGGAUGAUUAGACUCAACGACACGCUGCUCUUAGGCCCAGACCCUCUAGGCACCUUCAUCCCCAUCGCUGUAAAAUCCAUCCACCGCAAGAGGAUGCCUGUUAGAGAGGUCCGUGGUGGACAGACGGCGUCUUUUGCCCUCAAAAAGAUCAAACGUUCAUCUAUAAGGAAAGGCAUGGUGAUGGUCUCGCCAAAGCUGAUGCCACAGGCCACCUGGGAGUUUGAGGCUGAGAUUCUGGUGUUACACCACCCCACCACGAUAUCCCCGAGAUACCAGGCGAUGGUCCACUGUGGCAGCAUCAGACAGACAGCCACCAUCCUGACCAUGAACAAAGACUGCUUACGAACAGGAGACAAGGCCACAGUCCACUUCCGCUUCAUUAAGACUCCCGAGUACCUGCACUGUGACCAGAAACUGGUGUUCAGGGAGGGACGCACCAAAGCUGUAGGCACCAUCAUAAAGCUUCUCCAAUCGGUGAACACUCAGGCAGCUAAAGCCCAGCAGGCGAAGAUGCAGGCCAGUAAGAAAAUGGGCCCAGCAGCCACAGAGGAGGCUGGAUCAACAGCACGGCCGCCUAGUCCCAGCACAGCACAGCUACCAACAGUGGCAGAGGAGGAGCCUCUGUGUAAAGAUAGUAAAGAAAACAAGCUCAAGUCAGGAGGUGGAGGACGCAGGAGAGGCGGUCAAAGACAUCGAGGGAAAGGCCUGAACCCUGCAGCAAUCUCUACAGCAGUGCCUGCAGGAGCAGCAGGCACAGCCUAAAAACAUGACCCCGUCUCUUUUACAGGGGAGGGAAAGUGACCCCAUGGCCCUCUGGUGACUGACUGGACAUGGUUCUUUAAUAUAAAAUGAUAAUUCAACAAAUUUUGGAUCAUAAGAGUGAAUUCGUUCCCACAUUAAGUCAGUUUAAAACUUUAUUGGUGUAAUUACUUGUGGGCUGCUGAAGGUGAUGUUGAGUUUUUAUUUAGUUUGUAGAUUUCAUGAUAUAACUUUUUCUAUUUUAAUACAAGUUUGAGCGUGUUCAUCUUGUUUUUUUAUAGCAUUAACUUGGUUCCCCAGCCAGCAGAGACAUUUGUCACUUUCCCUGCCCUCCAUAAUCUACUUUUUUUUUCCUGUUGCUCAUCUUCUUCUUCUUCAUCUCCUUUUCCUCGAUCUACAUAAUCGGUUCACAUCCACCUAACUUUCAAGCAAGCAGGCAGCUUUGUCAUGACUGCGUUAAAGUUGGAGUCCACUUACUGUUACAUCAGUCAUUUGAGGAAUUAGACUGUGUACAGUGACGUUCUCACCUUUGAGCGAUUGGCAGUUUGAAUUCACAUUGGGAUUUCAUUGAAAGGGAAUUUACGCCAUCCUUACAUUUAAUCACGUUCUGUGACGGGCAGAACCAAGGGCUUGUGUAACAUUAGGCCAUUCUGUUGGGUGGUUGUUGAUUUUGAAAUCACCUUCUGAGCGUUUGUUUUACUGGUGUGAAAUGCCAGAGUUUGGUGAAUUUCAUCGACAAGUUAUUUGCCUGUUGUUCACCAGUCAUCGCCUGUCAUGUCAUGGAAUAUCUCCUUGUAGAUGAAGACGCAAACAGUCUCAUCCAUUUGACCUCACACAGUCUAAUCAUCAGUUAUCAUUGUUCGCUCUUCUGUUGCAGUUCUACUAGAUCCAGUUCACACAGCCAAGAGAGAAGAGAUCUGAAAUAUUUGCUUUCCCCCCCCCCCAAAGUAAUGUUAAGUGUCAAAGUGGCUUUGUCGGGUGUUAAGUCUUUGUGAAGUCACCUACUUAGCUUGCUUAAAACCAAGCAAGUAUAAGCACAACUUUCUUCCAUUUUGAUGCAGUCUUGUCACCAAAAAUCCAAAAGACGAAUUCUCUCAGCAGCUAUUUUGCUACUUUAAUGCAAAAACUCAAGUGGUGUUUCACACCUUAAAUGUUAAAAGCCAAGUAAGAACAGAUUUAAUAAUUCACUUAAAAUUAUUCUAUUGUGACAUUAUCUCUUUCUACUCUAAAUAAAUCGCAAUGUGGCUGCAAUAAAACAUUUUUGAGCUUCAAAGAUCAAAGAUUAAACUUGUAUCAGACAUGGGAACUCAAUUUCUUACAUGACCAGAGAUAAAAUAUUUUUUGGUACAGAUAUUUCUAUAUAUCAGCUUUGACUCUAAUAGUCAAUCAGCCAGAUAAGCCACGAGACAGAUACUGUAUGGUGUUUUUGUCAAGACACCAGCCGGGUGUCAGUUAACAACGCAUGUCAUCUCAGAUUGUCUCAAAUAAGCUAACACAAACCGCUGAUCACAUCGAACUAAACUAAAAAUGUAAUCAAGUUGCCACAUUUUAUUAGUUUAGUUUAUAUGAGGAAGGUAACCAAACGGUGUUAUUCUUUCUCAGAGUUUGAAGGGUGUUUUUUUUCUGAUUCAGGAGUCCCAAUCUGCCCUUUCAUACACUUUCUAUGAGUAAAUGUUGGUCACCUUGCUCUGAGAGGCCUUCAGGCCACUGAAUUACGCAUUUUACAUUUAGGCAUUAUUACGCAGACUGAACUGAACUGCCAGGAUUAUGUCCACCCUUUUUACUUUUGAAUUCUGUUCAUCUUUUUCCUACAAAUUGUUUUGUUUUCUGAAGGGACACAUUUUGUGUGUAUGUAUGUACAAAACUACAAAGAUGUGCAGAACUGAGGAUUUAAAAAAAGAAAAGAAAGAUGCCAUUAAAUUAAGUGCUGCCAGUUCGUGUUGUAAAUCCUUUUAAAUAAAGAUGUUAUAGAAAACCGA